AGAGAGAGAGAGAGAAUUCAAAAGAAAAGGAGAGCUUUGGUGGUUGUGGGCGUCUCCCCUUCCGUUCGUCUGGAGUCUCUCCGGUCUAUUUCGGAGGGGAUGCGGCGGUUCGAGGUUCCUCGCCAACCGACUCCAAGCCCUCGCUCUAUAUAUAUCCCACCGUAUCCUGUUCGUUAAUAUCGGAGGUUUCGGUCACGAUCUUUAUAUCUCGCUCGCUCGUUGCAGGAAACUCUCUUAUCAUUAGCGAAAGGUCAUUUGAUAAAGAGAGAUCCUGAGGUACUCCUUCUUUAGUGCAUUAUACGCAAGCCAAGAUGAUGGGAUCGUUUCUCACCAGAGCUUUUGUGAUGAUUCUUGGCUAUGCCUAUCCAGCAUAUGAAUGCUAUAAAACUGUGGAAUUGAACAAGCCGGAGAUCGAGCGGCUGCAAUUUUGGUGCCAGUACUGGAUUUUGGUUGCGGCAAUGACAGUCUUCGAGAGAGUUGGAGAUACUUUCAUUUCAUGGUUGCCAUUGUACAGCGAAGCAAAGUUGGCAUUCUUUGUGUAUCUCUGGUAUCCUAAAACAAAGGGCACUACAUAUGUGUAUGAUACGUUCGUUCGGCCAUAUGUGGCGAAGCAUGAGACCGAGAUUGAUCGUAAUUUGCUUGAAUUGAGAACAAGAGCUGGUAACAUUUUGGUGAUUUAUUGGCAGAAGGCUUGGAGCUGUGGCCAAACAAGGUUUUUUGAAAUUUUGCACUUUGUUGCCUCACAAUCACAGGCACCAAGAACUCGACCUGUUCAGCAGCAGCAGCAAUCACAGAAAAUCCAUCAAUCACCUUCGGGAGCUCCUGCUCGCCGACCAGCAGCCUUUCAGCAACCUCAACAGCCAGCUCGAGCACCUCCUAGCCCCAAUAAGAACCAGCAGCAAGAACAACCCACAAAGGCCGGUGGCCUUUCCCCGGUCGCCUCUCGAGCCAAGCCACAAGCCUCAUCUGCUCCCAGCCCAGCUGUUUCAGGGACUGCCAGCCGUCCGUCUCCAAGUAAAGAAGAACCGAUGCUGGUCGACGCAGCCACCUCUACAGCCAAGAAAGACUCGAAUCCACCACCACAGGAAACUGCGACGGAGGCAAUUCGCAUGACCCGUAGCAGAUUGAAAAAACGAGCCGCCAUCGGUCGUUAGUGUGUGAUUGCUUCUACUUUUUUUGUAACAUAGUUAAGCUUUUCUGCCCUUUGGUGGUGGAGAGAGAAGAAAUGAUUUAUUAGAAAUCUAAUUGACUUGAGUGGUAUAGGAUUUUACCAAUUUCAUCCAUUGUAAAUAAAUGACCUUGUAAGAGGUGCAGACAUACGCAGCAUGGAUACUAGUAUUGAUAAGUA